GGUCGCCUAUUUGACAGAGGAGAGUUGAUUUAUAGCUGCCGUGGGGGAUGAAGAAAGACAAACGAAGAAUCUACAGUCUGAGGAGGUGGGAGAGAGAAAGAGAAAGAGAUGGUGAUGACGGCGAGGUGUUCUUCAGUUACCAUCUCCGUUCUACUUCUUUCCAUCUGCGCCAUCGCCGGCCAAAUCUAUGGGGUUGUUGUAUCAGAACCAAUUUCUCAUCUUAAAUUGAAUUCCAAGAUUCUUCAGGAGCCCAUUAUAGAACUCAUCAAUGGAAACCCUAAAGCUGGAUGGAAAGCCAUCAUGAAUCCCAGAUUUUCUAAUCUAACAGUUGGUCAAUUUAAACGCCUCCUUGGCGUGAAACCUACACCAGCAUAUGCUUUGAAGACAAUUCCGAUUGUUGAUCAUCCAAGAACUAUUGAUUUGCCAGCUCAAUUUGAUGCUAGAACAGCUUGGCCUCAAUGUAGCACAAUUGGAAGAAUUCUUGAUCAGGGUCAUUGCGGUUCAUGUUGGGCUUUCGGUGCUGUUGAAUCUCUGUCUGAUCGUUUUUGUGUACACUACAGCAUGAAUAUAUCACUAUCUGUGAAUGAUCUGCUUGCUUGCUGCGGCUUUAUGUGUGGUAGUGGUUGUGAUGGCGGUUAUCCUAUUUAUGCUUGGCGAUAUUUUAAGCAACAUGGUGUUGUCACAGAAGAGUGUGAUCCAUAUUUCGAUAAUACUGGAUGCUCCCACCCUGGCUGUGAACCUGCAUAUGACACGCCCAAGUGUGUGAAGAAAUGCGUAAACAAGAACAUGUUAUGGAAGAACUCAAAGCAUUUCAGUGUCAGCGCAUACAGAGUUGGUUCGGACCCAUAUACUAUUAUGGCUGAAGUUUAUAAGAAUGGACCUGUAGAGGUUUCCUUCACUGUUUAUGAGGAUUUUGCACACUACAAGUCGGGUGUUUACAAACAUGUAACUGGUGACGUUUUGGGUGGUCAUGCUGUGAAGCUGAUUGGAUGGGGAACUUCUGAUAAUGGAGAAGAUUACUGGCUUCUUGCUAAUCAAUGGAACAGAGAUUGGGGAGAUGACGGAUACUUCAAGAUAAAAAGAGGAUCAAACGAGUGUGACAUUGAAGAAGAUGUAGUUGCGGGUUUGCCUUCGACUAGAAACACGGUUACAGAGUUGUCAGACAAUGAAGACGACGCAAUUCUUGAUGCUUCGAUUUGAACAAUCUAUUGUAUAAGAAUGAUUAAAGAAAGUGGUAAUAUAAUUGUAUAAUUAUGUUUCUUAUGUUACUAUGUUCUUGGACAAUGAUUUAAUCGUUUGGUAAAAAGAAAUACAAAAUGGUUGUGCA